AUGACUGCGACUCACAGCAAAGAAAUCUCGACCGACCCGCGGGAGGUGACGUCGCCGAUCGGCAGCGACGCCUCCGCCGCCAACAGGGAUGAUGAGAAGAACAGCGCAGACGAUAUUCCUAUGUCCGAGAAGCCCCCAUUCUUAUUCACAACUACCGAUGAUAACGACUCCUCUGGAGAAACUGCGUUCUCUGAGGACGACCCUCGUGUUCGCGAUAUCCCGCCCUAUGUGCGCCGCGUAGUGAGUUUACAUGAUGACCCAACGCUGCCGACCCUUACCUUCCGCUAUUUUAUUCUAUCAAUCAUCUUUGUUGUCCCCGGCGCCUUUCUCAGUCAGAUGAGCCACUACCGUACUACUUAUGCUCCCUAUUCAAUCUUUUUUGUACAACUCGCCUCGAGCUACGUCGGCGACUGGUGGGCGAAAGCGCUGCCUUCUCGGCAGGUCCGUAUCCCCUUCACCCAGUGGGGCUUCAACACGAACCCGGGUCCCUUCAGCGUCAAGGAGCACGUCCUCAUCACCAUCACUGCAGCGUCUGGUGCCACCUAUAACUUGGGCUAUACGCCUGUCUCGAUUGCCGAGUUGUACUUUGGCCAGCGGAUCAACCCUGCAGUGGCUAUCUUCUUCAUGUGGGGUAUCGUCUGGACAGGAUACUCUUUUGCGGCGAUUGCCCGCCAAUUCCUAAUUUACGACCCCAUCUACCCGUGGUUCCAGGCUCUUUGUCAAACCGCCCUCUUCGAGACCCAGAAAAAGCAGCGCACGCACCCGACAGCUUUAUCCAGAAAGCAGACUCGCGUCUUUUGGUGGGUGUUACUCGCUGUCAUCCUCUGGCAAUUCCUUCCCGAAUAUGUUUUCCCGAUGCUGGGCAGUCUCGCUGUCAUUUGCUGGUUCGCCCCAAAUAACCCGACUGCCAAUUUUGUCGGCGCUGGCUUUGGUGGCAUGGGCGUUCUCAACUUCUCCUUGGACUGGUCUAGCGUCGCCGCGUACAUUUCUCUGUUCCUCACGCCGUGGUGGACGCAGGUGGUGAUGUUCCUCGCUUUCGUCGUCAACUGCUGGAUUCUGCUCCCAAUUGCUAAAUUCAAGGGACUUGGAGAGUGGGACAAGAAAUUGAUGUCCAAUCGGUUGUUCCUAGAGAAUGGGACUUCUUAUCCCAUGACCCAACUUUUGACUCCCGACGUCUCAUUCAACGAAACAGCUUACCAGGAACUGGGGCCGCCGUACGCGAGUCUGCAGCUUCGAUGGAACAUGUUCUUCGAUUAUGCCAGCUACACCUCUGCGCUUGUCUGGAUUGGCCUUUUCGGUUACAAACAAAUCAAAGAUGCGGUUAUCAAACUCCGGGCGCGGUCACGGGGCAAGUCCAGGUCUAUUGCCCACCAGUACAAUGACCAGCUCAGCAUUCUGCAGCGCGCUUAUGAUGACGUCCCACUCUGGUGGUAUCUGACUCUUUUCUCGGCCGCAUUUAUUUCUCUUCUUGUCAUCGUCGCUACCAACAGUUUAUUUAUCCCAUGGUGGACGCUGCUUGUUGCCGUUGGGACCGGCGCUGUCAUCGUUCUGCCCAUGGGUUGGCUCUACGCGUUGAGCAAUUUUCAGAUCGAAGUUGGGACAACGAAUGAGCUCCUCUAUGGUUUGAUGGUUAAUGCAGUACAUGGUCAUAAGAACCCUACCGGGGCCUCUGUUUACGGAAGCAUAGCAGGCAACGCUUGGUAUCGUGCUCAAUGGUUUCUCCAGGACCAAAAGCUCGGGCAUUACAUGCAUUGCCCUCCAAAGACCGUUUUUUUCGCCCAGUGGUUUGGCAGUCUGUUGGGAAUCCCAAUAAACUAUGCAGUAGUUAGAUGGGUCCUGAAUACAAAGAGGGAUUACUUGACCGGGGAGCUUGUCGACCCCACGCACCAAUGGACGGGGCAAAGUCUCGCUAGCAACUUGACCAUGGCAGUCCAAUAUGUUUUAUUGGGACCCAUUCGCCUGUUCAAGGAGCCAAUUUAUAAGGUUGUCCCAUACGGUUUCCUUGUUGGCCUCCUCGCACCCCUUCUCGUCUUCGCCCUGCACCGGACCUUCCCUCGGUACAAGUUCCAUCUGUGGAACACUCCGAUUUUCUUCUCGUGCAUGUCUCGCUGGUACGGAAAUAUCAGCACCGGCUUCCUCAGCAGCUUCAUCGGCGGCUUCGUCGUCAUGUUCUGGGCCUACCGGUACCGUUAUCCUCUAUGGGCCCGCUGGAACUACAUCCUCGCCGCGGCCUUCGACGCUGGCUUCAACUUCAACAUGCUGCUCAUCUUCUUAUUCUUUGGCGCUGGCAAGGUCGUGUCGAUGCCACAUUGGUGGGGUAAUGACAAGAGGAGUAGUGAGAGGUGCUUUGGGCUGGAGUGA